AGCUUCCGACUCCGCCACAAUGUUAUGGGCAGAGGAAGUGAGGAGAAUGGGAGGUCGGAGCAGUGAGUGCAGCGACAGCAGCAGCGGAGAGGAAGACGGGGAUUCCGAGUGGAAAGCGGCAAUCAAUUCCGUCGCCGUAUCCUCAUCCUCGGAUUUUCUAUCUUCCUUCAUGAAUGGCUCUUCCGCAACCUCCAACAAUACCCAAAGUGACGACGACGACGACGAUGCUGGAAACCGCAAACAAAACCCACAACUCAAGUAUUACCAACUCAAGGCCCAAAAGCUUUUAGAUGAUAUGCUAGGAAAGAAACUAGAGAUGGUGAGAGACUCCAUUGAUGCUCCUCAUAAAGAUCCCGAGAUUGAUGAAGGUGGCAUUCAUUUAUUCAAACAUGCUCCCCGUGGAAUAGUGUUUGAUUAUAUAGACGAAUGUCAACAGCCAAGAAAGAAACCGAGAAUCCUUCCUGGAAAAGAGAUUGAUGAGAAAUCAAAGAAGUUUAGAAGACAAAUCCAAUCUGCUGCUGUCAAUGCAGAAGAUAUAAUGGCUACUGCAAGGGAUGCAUACCAAAAAGCAUUGGCUAGACUGGAAGCUAAAGAUGCAGCUGCAAAAGCAGCAGCUAAAAGAGAGGAGGAAAGAGUUGCGGAACUGAAGAGGAUUAGGGGUGAGAGAUGGCUACCUUCCAUUGCUAGAGAGAUGCGGGUAAAUUUUCAGGGUUGAAAUAUGUUUACUACAGAAUGCUUUGUCACUUUUGUGCUCGUGUUGCUGUCUUUGUGAGCACUAAUCCAGUAGUUUCAACUUUUUGAUUGAGAAAUAUCCAUGAUCGUAAUCUCACACUUUCUUUGCCAUUGCUGGAACAUUCAAUCAAGGAGAAACUUCACACAACUAGUAUGGAUUCAUAUUCAAAGGCAAUUUGACUUCUGCUCUUUUAGCUGUGUUGCGUCA